UAUAUAAAUUUAUUUGAAAGUUAACCUUUUUUAUUGAUAAAAAAUGGCAUAUAAUUUAAAAUCAGAAAGUGAAGUUAAAGAAUACGUUAAAAAUCUAGGUAUAGAAUACAGAUUUGGAUGUUACAGUGAGAAAAAACCUGAAGUAUGUCAUUUAUUAGCAGAUUUCUUGGAAUCUAUAAAGAAAGACUACGAAAAAGCUGGAAAGGUAUACAAAAAUAAUUGUGACGAAUAUAAAUAUGGCAAAAGUUGUUUAAAAUAUGGGACGUAUAGUUUGUUGGGAAAAGGUACAAAAAAGUCUGACUUUAAAGUAGCAUACGAUUACUUUGAAAAAGGGUGUAAUUUAGGCGAACCAGACUGUUGCUUAAAUCAGGGACUAUUACUAAUUACUAAAAAUGAUCGUCCAGAAUUAGAACAAGAUGUGAUAAGGGGUAUGAAAUUAUUACAGAAAGCUUGUUCCGGGAAAAAUGCGAAUGCCUGUUAUUAUUUAUCGGGAAUGUAUAUAGUAGGUGUUAAAAAAUCUGACACGAGUUCAAAUAGUACUGAUAAAUCCAAAAGUGACCAAUUUGAUGUACCUAAAGAUAUGAAAAAAGCUUUCCAGUAUGCAUUAGAAGGGUGUAAUUUAGGAAACAUGUAUAGUUGCGCUAAUUUAAGUCAGAUGUAUGCCAAAGGAGAUGGAGUUGCAAAGGAUGAUAAAUUGGCAGAAAAGUAUAAAAAUGUCGCUUUAGAAAUGCAAAAGGACGUUCAAAGUAAUAAAACAUUGACAUUUCAAGAGGGGCUGUCAUAGUGACUUAUCUAGUCAGCAAAAGAACAAGGAGUAUAGGGAAAAGACCUAGAGACCUAGUAAAAAAGUUAUAUUUAUUAUAACAACUGUUUUAAUAAUUAUUUAUCGUUUUUAAAAAUUAUAAUUUGUA